UCCCGGGUCGCUCUCCGUCCCCCGCCCGGCUCUUCGGCGCGCGCGCUGGUCUCCAGGGCCUAGGAGUCCGCGAUGGCGUUCCUGUGUCAGCGCGACAGCUACGCGCGGGAGUUCACCACCACCGUGGUCUCCUGUAGCCCCGCUGAACUGCAGACGGACGCGAGCGGCGGCAAGAAAGAAGUGCUGAGCGGUUUCCAGGUGGUUCUGGAAGACACGCUGCUUUUCCCCGAGGGCGGGGGCCAGCCUGAUGACCGUGGUACCAUCAAUGACAUCUCUGUGCUGAGAGUGACCCGCCGUGGGGCCCAGGCUGAUCAUUUCACACAGACAGCUCUGUCCCCUGGGAGCCAGGUCCAGGUCCGGGUGGACUGGGAGCGGAGAUUUGAUCACAUGCAGCAGCAUUCAGGGCAGCAUCUCAUCACAGCAGUAGCUGACCAUCUCUUUGGGCUGAAGACGACGUCAUGGGAAUUAGGGAGACUCCGGAGUGUGAUUGAGUUGGACAGCCCUUCUGUGACUGCAGAGCAGGUAGCUGCCAUUGAGCAAAGUGUCAACCAGAAAAUCAGAGAUCGGCUUCCUGUGAGUGUGCGAGAGCUGAGCCUGGAUGACCCUGAGGUGGAGCAGGUGAGGGGCCGGGGUCUCCCAGAUGACCAUGCUGGGCCUAUUCGCGUUGUUACCAUCGAGGGUGUCGAUUCCAACAUGUGCUGUGGGACCCACGUGAGCAAUCUCAGUGACCUGCAGGUCAUUAAGAUUCUGGGCACUGAGAAAGGGAAAAAGAACAAAAGCAACCUGAUAUUUCUGGCUGGGCACCGGGUACUGAAGUGGAUGGAGCGAAGUCAUGGGAGAGAGAAAGCGCUGACCACACUGUUGAAGUGUGGAGCCGAGGAUCACGUGGAAGCAGUGAAGAAGCUCCAGAAUGCCACCAAGCUUCUGCAGAAGAACAACCUGUGUCUCCUCAGAGACCUGGCUGUGCACACUGCCCACAGCCUCAGGAGCAGCCCAGACUGGGGAAGUGUGGUUACACUACACAGGAAAGAGGGUGAUUCUGAGUUCAUGAAUAUCAUCGCCAAUGAGAUUGGGUCAGAGGAGACCCUCCUGUUUUUAACUGUGGGGGAUGAGAAAGGUGCUGGACUCUUCUUAUUGGCAGGGCCAGCGGAGGCCGUGGAGACCCUGGGGCCCAGGGUGGCUGAAGUCUUAGAAGGCAAAGGAGCAGGGAAGAAGGGCCGCUUCCAGGGCAAGGCCACCAAGAUGAGCCGUCGGGCAGAGGUGCAGGCACUUCUGCAGGACUAUGUCAGCUCACAGAGGGCUGAGGAGUGAGGGGCCAGGAUGCCCGUCCCCGUGACCACAGCAGUCUUUUGGACAGUAAAAGAGUGUCACCCAAAAUGAUUGUGUACUGUUGUUU